AUGUCUCGUUCCAGCAGCCAUUCCUCAUCAGGUCUCCCUGGUUCCCCAACACCUGACGAGGACCUCGUUGACGUCCGAGCCAGUCUGACUCUCGCAUUAAGGGUCUUCCCCAAGGGCCCUCACUGGACUUGCCACACCUGCCGACUGGGAAUCGAACCCCAGUGUCAGUGUAACGGCCAUGCAGACACGUGUAAUGAACACGAUGGUACAGGAUGCCCCUGCCAAAACAACACCGAGACCCCCUCCUGCCUCAACAACGCUCAGAGUGACCGCAAAGACUGCUACAAGCAACAGUGUGCCAAGUGCAAAGACUCCUUCAACGGCACCCCAGUGAACGGGCGUCAGUGCUACCGUCAGUUCAACGUGGACACAGAGUGCUGCUUCGACCCCACGUCCCAGACCAACUGCUUCCAUGACCCCACCAUCCGCAACCUGCCCAGAGGCCGGACCGUCUUUUUCUCCGCGCAGCCAAAGUUCACCAAUGUGGACAUCCGGGUUACCAUCGAUGUUACCUUUGGGGAGGUGGAGGUGUACGUGUCCAACUCUCCUGACAUCUUCAUCGUGGACGUAGACAGAUCCACGGGGAUUCACACCAUCAAGAUCGAGGAGGAUCCAGCGACUCGAGGCACAGCGACUGGCGUAGAUAAGGAUUCACCUCCGUCCCCUAUAAAGGUGUUUGCCAAUGCCUCGUCCAGUCUCUUGGGUCCCUUGCUCUCCCACAAUCCACUUCAGUUGCAAGCAAAACCCCCAGGGGCGGAGAAAGAGAUGACAGAGGAGCGCGCUGAAGGACUCAUCAGCUACAUCACGGUGUGGAAACCUCAGACGGUGCUGAUAGUCCGCGGUGUUCGAGAUCGCGUGGUCAUCACCUUCCCUCACGAGGUGCACUCCCUGAAGUCCAGCCGCUUCUACAUCGCUCUGAGAGGGCUGGGAACUGAGCAGAGGCAGGGGGAGUCGCAGGGUCUGCUGUUUCUGCGACAGGACCAAGCCCACAUCGACCUGUUCGUCUUCUUCUCUGUUUUCUUCUCCUGCUUCUUCCUCUUCCUGUCCGUCUGCGUCCUCCUGUGGAAGGUGAAGCAGUUCCUGGACUUCCGGCGGGAGCAGCGCCGACACAUCCAGGAGAUGACCAAGAUGGCGUCGAGGCCCUUCGCUAAACUCACCAUUUACCUGGAGCCGGAGGAGCCUCAGCUCAUCUACCUGCCGUCAGCGGGCGGGGGGGGCAGCACUGUGUCGCUCGCUCACGCCCGCACAAGCAAGCUAGGAGGUGUGGUGGUGGGUCAGAGGGGCCGGGCGGGGGGUGUCUCCUACAAACACGACCCGGGCUCCGGACCCACGGCCCACCACCACCAUCAUCUCACCCUGGGUGGAGGGGGCAACGGUGGGCAGCACCUUCCGCUUCACUACCUGAACACCCACCACUAUGCCAGCACCACGUCUGGCACCCCCGCCUCACAACAUCACCACCCAUCCACGUACAGCGGCUACCAGAACUUUUGCCGCUCCGACCCCUUCCUCUCUCAGCUCAUGGGCUUUUCUUACUCCACCUUUAAGGUCGGGCCCAUCACCCUGGAGCCCACGGACGACGGCAUGGCCGGGGUGGCCACCGUCCUCUUCCAGCUGCCCGGGGGGGUCCUGGCUCCCAAUCGGGCCUGCCUGGGCUCUGCACUGGUUACUCUGCGUCAGAACCUGCAAGAAUACUGUGGCCAUGGCAACGGAGGGGGUCACCCGGGGGGAGGGGGGCGCAAGGGUCUGCUCGGGCAUCAACACCUCACCACUAUGGCUAUGUAGGGAAGCAACAAUAUAAGAUAAGGUGUAAAAGAGAGGGGAUGAAUUGAAUUUGUUUGAAAGCUGAAAGUGCUUCACAUGACCAUGCCAGCUGUCUCUACAAUGCACUACAACUGCUUCAUGCUUCAACAACACAUCCUGUCUAUGAGCUGUGAGCACACUCGGUCUCAUACACAGACUGAAGCCGGACUGAGGACAAAACUCUUCUCACUGACAAAGAGAGGUGUUAAAAAUACUCUCUUUGGAACCAACAUGUGCUUUAUACCCCAGAAAGUGACAAUCAAAAUUGCCGUUGAGAACAAAAAGACUUUGGUUAGACGUAAUGUGCAAGAUUGUGAUUGUCGCUUGUGAGAUGUUUUUUAUAUCACAGUCGAUAUGAGUGAUUUUAUACUGUAGCUCAGUAUAUGGCAGGCUUCGAGGCUACGUGUUUAUGUUACACAGAAUCCUGAGUAUGUGCAUAUUCAGUCACCUGUUACACUUUAAUUUGUGUUUCUUCUCAUCUGCCUUCACUUAUUGCCUUGUCUGCGAGUCAAACGGCUUACACUUAAUAACACAUUUGGUUUUAUGACUCGAAAAAAUAAUGAAGGAUGAUGUUUUCCUAUUAAUAUAAUAGUAAAAUAAUUGAGAAAUCCAACAUAAUUCGUCCAUGAAAAGAAGAAAGUAUGUGUCCUUUGGAAACAUUUGGUUACAUUUUGUUGACAUGAAAUGUAUGUUGGUGUUUGGCUCGUUUUGCUGGACUGCUUUUUUCAGGCACCUUGUCUGCUUAAAUGAUUGUAAUAAUAACCAAUCAAUUUGAUUUAAAAAAAGAAAAGAAAUUUGAUGUAUACAAAAGAAAAAGUAUGGAAAAUGUUACUUUAUCGAAAUGAACGCAACGGAAUGAAUUCUCCUGGUGAGAGAUUUUGAGAAGACGUGAAAGCUUUUUUAUUUGUGAUGAGACUGAAUUACUUGUUCACUUGUUGGUGUCAAGGUUAGUUUUUUUUUUUUGUGUUUCCUCUCUGGUUUCCUUUUUGCACUGCAUGGAGGCAAUGAGCCCCAUUAUUCACGAGAAACACUAAGAGAUGUCGUCCAGCCUCAGAUGGCACACGAGUCAUGAAUGAACUAAGAAUGAUGCUACUGGCUUAUUAUCGACUGAACAAAAUCAUGAACUGUAUACUCACAGCAAAAGCUUCAAAUACAUACUGUCCCUAUUUAUAACAGCCCUCCACCAUUAUGCAUUAAUACUGUUUUUUUUUGUCUUGUAUCUUUGUCUAUGUUCUUUUUUUAACAUAUUUUGUACAUACAUUUUGUUGUGUUUGUUUUUUUGUUUUCAAAAAAGGGAACAGUGCUGUACAGAAUAUAAUGCGUCAAGAUUCUCUGUCCUGAGUCGGCUUGAAUAAAGUCUGUGAAACAUGA